CUUCUUUCGAAUCCACAACACAUUUGAAUUCUUCUUCCGAUAAUUAUUAACUGCACAUCCACCAUGAAAUCCAUUCUCUCUCUCGCCCUUUACACAGCUACCGCCCUAGCCCAGGGCAUCUACAUCGAGUCCCCCGCCGCCGGCACGGAGCUGAAAGCCGGAGAAACAAUAACCGUGCAGAUCGGCCGUCCGGGUUUCCCGGAAAACAUCGCCGAAAUCGGCAUCGCCAUUGGCAUUGAAUCCUGCUCCGGGUCCUCAGGAUGCACCGCCCCCGACUCGGCUAUUGGAAAUCUCUUAUACAGCGGCCCCUACGAUCCGCAAUCCAACGGACCACCUUACCCGUAUGAGAACUUCACUGUCACGGUGCCGGAUGUGACGGGGCCGGCGCAGAUUGGGGUUGUUAGGCCGUUUUUGGUGGGGCUUUCGUAUGAGUUUGUUGUGGGGACUGCGGUGACGAAUGUUACGAUUGUUUGAGGCUGGAGGGUUGGGGUGGGUUUGUGGUAGACGACAGAUGGUUGGG